GGAAAAGGAACUGAGAGUGGGAGUUGGGGCGGAGUUACAGGCAAAAGAGAAUAAAGAAUCUGAGAGGUAACAGGGAAUGAAGAGGACAAUCAGGAAAGCUCUCCACUGUGGUUUGAAUCCACGGAGUAUUGAUCACCCUUCCCGGGCCGAAGGUAUUAAACUGCAAAUUGAAGGUGAAGGUGUGGAGUCUCAAUCCAUUAAAAGCAAAAAUUUCCAGAAGGUGCCUGACCAAAAAGGAACCCCCAAGCGACUGCAGGGAGAAGCUGAGACGCCUAAGUCAUCUACUGUGAAGCUGUCAAAACCAGUGGCUCUAUGGACCCAGCAGGAUGUCUGCAAGUGGUUGAAGAAACAUUGUCCGAAUCAGUAUCAGAUCUACAGUGAGUCAUUCAAACAGCAUGACAUAACUGGGCGAGCUCUGCUGAGACUCACAGACAAAAAGCUUGAGCGGAUGGGGAUAGCCCAGGAGAACCUCCGGCAGCACAUCUUGCAACAGGUGCUCCAGCUGAAGGUGCGAGAAGAAGUCCGAAAUCUGCAGUUACUCACACAAGAGUUUUCCGAUCCUCCCCUUGGACAUUCUGAAUCGGUGGAGACGGAGAGAGACUAGACAGAAUAAGAAUUUUAAGAAGUUCCCCCGGCCUCAGCCGAGGGUUCUCCAUAAACACGGUUAGCCUUCCAAGCUGCUGUCCUGCCAGUUGGUAUGAACAUGGCCUGCCUGCUCCCCACAGAAAGACUAACUCAUGGCCCAGCCGGAAGAGAUCCUUGGAGCAUUGACAGAUUAACCGGAUUAAAUGAAAAAACACCCACUCAGUCAAGAUUAUAAGCUUUGGGGAAAAAAAAAAUCUUAGUUUGCUGUGGAUUUUUAAAUGAGGUGCAUAAUUAUACAGUGCCAAUUUGUUCCAAGUGGUCAUUGGCAGACCCUUCACUGGAAGAUGGCUUCCAGUUUUCAUCACUGUGCAUAACUCAAGUUCCCCUUGGGGCAGUGUCUGUGCCCAUCACUACCAGUCCUGUUUUAGCAUGGCAACUACUGGAUUAUUUUAUUAUGUGUGCAGAUGGCAUGAUGUUUUAGAAAAAAUAUUACAGCAGUUCUGCAGUCUCGGUGGAAGUGUUCACAAUAUUAUGCCCUGAUAGGAAUGUAAACGUGUCUUGGUUAUGUUAGUUAUGAUGUCCAAAGGUAUUCUGUCCAACUCUGAAGCACUUUAUAAAAGAACACUACGCUGAGAUGAAUUAGCACGUUUGGUACAUGUAGGAAUACAAGUAUUUUGUUUUUUUCUUUUAUAAAUCUUGUCUUAUUUCUGGCUCAGACUGUCCAAGAUAAGCUCUACUACUAGCAUAUCCCCAGUCGUUUGUGGUAGGUUGGUGUAAAUAUGGCCACAAUACUGUUAGACCUAACCUCUUGACACUUUACUGAAUAACCGGGUUACUUGUAACACCAAAGGGAAGUAGGAGCUUGCCUGGGGGAUUGGAACACUGAAGCUGUUGGUUCCUGAUACCAAGGCACAACUUAACACAUGUACAUACAAAUACUCAAGUACAGGGGGCUUCUCUUUGGCCAAUGUACAUAUUCUCUCAUUCUGUAGAGAAGGAGGAUGGCCUUCUUUUUAAUCAAAGACCAUAGAUGCUAAGGGCAGCAGAAUGCGAUUUUCCUGUGUGAGAUCCCACUUAAACAGUGGAAAAAAAAUUCUAAGUCAAGUUCAAUCACAAUUCUCUGAAGAGAAACAGUAUCAAGUGACCCCUUUGUGCCUAAAGAAGGAAAGGUUCAGUCCCACACUAGGUUCGUUACUCAGCAUAGAACCUUCGACUCCCUUUUAAUCCUUUCUGGGAUUUUAUUCAUGACUAAUUUUUUUUUCACUCUCUAAUAACAAAGCACAGUCCUAGGAACUGUCUACUCAGUGACUGCUUAUCUUUGAUACUGACUGGCCCUACAUUUUAUUUUAGCUCAUUUUUCCCUGGAUACAAAGUUGACUGGAUGAAAACCUCAGCAGAGUAUGCUCUGUGUGCCUACUACCCCCGCCUGAGGCCGAAAGGCAUCAGAGACUUCUCUUUAAAAUAGAUGUGACAGCAUCUGGACCCCUUCCAGCACAAGUGAGCAGGGCAUUUUGGGGUUCCUUGGGUCCUCACUGUCUCCACUUGGGGUUCAUGAAAGGGAGAGAGAUCCAGAUGUGAUUUGGACCACAAGCCUGUCAGACUGUAAAGCCACAGAAGGGGUGUCCAAGAGGGAACUCAGAGAAGUGCCAGUCACCACUGAGAUCUGACCCUCUGACGUGUCACCACCAGGACCACAGGGCCCACAGCAAACCCUAAGACUCUACAAAUUCAGAAUUAGGAGGUCACAUUCUGACUGUCAGUGCCUCAGGAUAUAACAUCCCUAUCUCAUUGCCCAUCUCUUGAGGCCUAGUUCCAACAGCAAGACUUCUCUGUCCUUCCAGUCCUUUCUUAAUCAGCCAGCAUUUGAGUGUCUACCAUGAGCCAAUCUUUGAGCUGGGACCACUGCAGCGUACCAGGCAGACUCUCCUGCCCUUCUAAAGCUGUACCUCCUCUUCCCAAACACUGUCCCUUCCCCACUCUUCCACAAUGAAAACUGAAUUCAGACGGCAUUCACUCUCUGCCAGAUUAACCCAGGAAGAUGCACAAGGCAGCAGGCAGGUCCCUCGCCUGAAGGAGUGGACAGCACCAUAGCACAUAGAUGUACCCUUCCUGUACAGCCAGCCCUUCCAGAUUGAGCUGGUUAGAGCUUCCCAGAGCAGCUUUCAGGUUACUCUCCUUGAAAUCCACCCUGGUCACCUGUAUCCCCAUCCUUCCUUUAUACAGACACAGCCAUUGAUCACUAUGCUGGAUUCUCUAAAGCUCCAAUUCUAUAAUGAGUCCUGAGGACAAUGAAUUGGAUGUGAUGAAUCCUAAAGAACUACUGCCAGGUGCUGAGAUAUUGUAGCUGGGAAUGGACUGGUCCAGCCAGGGACAUCCUGGGACUACUACUACACCCCUGGAAAAUUGGACAUGCUUUAUGGUGCAGAUGUUCACUAAGUGGUGGUGGUGCAUUGUUACUUUGGCUUUAAUAAUCUGAUCAUAUUAAAUAAAUAGAGUUUCCUAGCUUGCAUUUUUUUUUUUUUUGUCAAAAGAGUGCUAGAUAAUUACUGAAAAGACAAUGGGGAAAGGUGGAGAUGGGAGAAGGCAAAUGUAAAAAUGACCAUCAAAGAACUCAGUUGAAGAUGGUGUCUAAAAAUACCUUUAUGCCUGGCAUACACCACUUACUUGUGUAUGACUACUCCUGUUUUCCAAACUGCCCACCUCUGUUUGAAAUUAUUUUGGGGCAUAGCUUUGGAGACAUGGUGGAAUAAAAUCUGAGCAGUCACAAGCUAAACCAGCAAAAUGGAGAAGUGACUUUGUUCACAGCCUCUGGCUUCCAUGGUGAUCCUCUGUGAUUUCCCAUGCUGCUUCCUUCUGACCUAUACCUUUUUCCCAAGAGGAAUGUGUGUGUGUGUGUGUGUGUGUGUGUGUGUGUGUGUGCGCGCGCGCGCGCGCUCAAGCACAUGUGCUUGUGCAGAAUUUUACCUCCCAGAAAUUCAGAAACGGCUAUGCAGUGAGUAUUGUUUAGUAAGAAGCAAGAGAUGGGGAGCUAAGGGAUAAAUAUUUUGAUGUCUAAGGGCCGUAAACUGUUGAUGCUUAACUUUUACUUAAACCUGUGCUACACCUUUUAUUAAAAGGCUCACACCCACACUUGUGCAGGGAAGGCAGUCUUGGGAAUGAACAGAAAUGAAUAAUUAUCAGACUCUCGAGGGUGCCAAGGGGAUUAGCUUGUCCCAGCUCCAGAACUGAAUUUAAAUAUGCAGAGCAUUGGUGGUUCUGCUCCAGUAAAAGCAGAUCACUUCAGUAGCUUGAGACAUGCCUGGGGGAUAGGGGUCAUAUCAGCUCUCCUUAUGAGGAAUGGCCUUCCUUCCAGUCCUUGCGCAGGCUCUGCGAGGUGUGUCCCCACAGAUUUGACUUCGACUUCCAGAAAGUAAAGACAUAGAUGAAUUCCUUUAUCCCCUAUGGAGUUUCCCCCACCCCCAGAGUCACUUUGCAGUUGCCCAAAUAGAGAGGCUUAUGGUCCUUCUUUCUGAGGGAAAUGCACCAUUUUUAUUUCUUCCAGGUAAAAAGAGAGAUCUACCUUCCAUGAGAAUAUAAACUAAGGAUAAAAACUUCUAAAGCCCCCACCCUUUUUGUUUGCAAAUGCUUUUUUUUUUUUUUUUUUGCCUGCAAAUGUCACAUAACUGAUUCAGGGUGGUAACAAUAAAAGUCUCAGGGAAGCUAAAGUUUCCAGACCCCCUGAGCGCUUUCGUUUUACUGAGCCCUCCUCUUCUAGAGCAUUUGCAGCCUCCAUCUUUGAGAUGUUUUCCUCCUCAUUCUUUAGAGUAAUUUUGCUACUUGACAACCAGACCUAAAGCUGCCAUAGACCCUUAAAAAUCUAAUCUUUGAAAGUGACAGAAAUUCCUUUAUUCCCCAAAGGCUGUUUCUAUUCACCUCUCCCUUGGCUUUGUUUCCUAUGCGUGUGUGAUUUUCUUUUUUUCCUUUUCAUCUCUUUCUUUUAACAUAGUGCUGUGGGGAGAUUUCAAGCAUUCUCUAAAGAACUCCAAUAGAAAAACAGAGUCCUUACCUUCUUUUUUUUGCCCAGUCCUGACUAAUAAUUCCUUCUUAAGCUUGACCUUGGUGACUGCUAUCUGCCCAAACAGCAGUGGAGUUCUCAUCUCUAGGAGGGGACUGGUCAGCCCUGAUCAUCAGGGAGAGGACAGGCCAGGAGAUGUUCCUACCAGGACACAGCUGGAGACUCUAUUUCAAAGACAGGCAGGGUUUGCCCCUCCUCUCCUUAAAUCCGCAUCUAAUCCUAGAGCCAGAGAACUGUCCUGUGGAUUCCCCUGGCAGCUUCAAGGUAAAAGAGGGCUAUAUUUCCAUUAUUUUUGCUCCGGUGACUUUCAAUAUUCAGGAGGCAGGGUACAUUAAUUUGAGAGCUGUGCUGGUCAAGAGCACAGGCGGGUUCUGCCACACCUUAAUAAAAAGAACAACAACAUAGAUGCUUCUCAUCCGAGAAGGUGGCUGAAGGGACAGUGUCAAUACUGGUGUCUUCUGCCCAUUCCUUAGUUCCACAGGUGAAAUCCUGGACAGGGGAGUAGAAGCAGACAGGCACUGUUUCUAAAAAUGUUAGGGUAAAAUUUAUCAACAACCAAUGCAAAAGGAAAGAGUCAUCAGGCAUGAGCCCGUUCUAGUCCUCUCACCCAGCCGCAAAAUGACUAAGAAAUGGCUUCCAAGGAACAAGUGUAAAACUGAAGUUUCAUUUGCCACAUAAGGCUAUUUAAAAACCUUGAAGCACCCCAAGCAUUCCCAGAUCAGAGUCUCCCUCUCCUAAUUACAUCCAGCAUGAAAAGGCAAAACAGCCUACUCCUAAAUUAUAAUCCGUCACCCUAUGUCUUGUGUUGGACUGCAGUUGGGUGGGUGAUAUCACAAAGUGUUGUUGCUAUUUAGACACUGUUCAUAGUCACACAGAAUCUGCAUAUUGUGAUGCCAAUAGUUUGGGAGUUUCACUUUGUUGUUGUUUAUUUUGUGAUUGCUUCCCAACCCUCAAACAUACCCAGGAGCCUUAGAAAGACUGAAACCCAGGCCUUCUGCCUAACAUGCAGUAUCAGAAACAGCCCUACCUACUGCGACCUAUAAAAAGAUUAUUCAAUUAAAUUAAUCUGACCUUGGAGAUACUCAUACCUAAAAUGAUUAUAACCCUGAAGACAUUGCUGGUUGCAUGACACAUUGUUCAUAGGCUUUUAAAAAUUCAGUUGUUUGGGGGCUGGUGAUAAAGCUCAGUUGGUAGAGUGCUUUCCUCCCAUGCAGAAGGCCCUGGGUUUAAUCCCCAGCACCACAGGGAAAAACAAAAAAAAAAAAAAGAAAAAAUUUAGUUGUUUGGAUCAAGAAAUUAAAUUGGUUUUGAAUAGUUUGGC